AUGGCCCAGCAAGGGCAUCAUAGCAUCGUCGACUUUGUGCAGCGCUUCCAGGAGCUGCAGCAGCACCGGGACUCCAAUGACCAUCUGAUUCGGGAUCUGCUCGUCUACUGCGACCGAGUCGAGAACAGUCUCCGCCUCCAGAACACCAAGCUCCUCGACGAGCUGCAGCUGUGCAAGCUCGACCUUUCCGAUGCCACCAAUUCUCGCCGCGACCUCCAGCAGCGCCUCCAGACGUGUGAGGCGCGCUCCGAAUGGGUCGUCAAGGAGAAUGAAGAGUUAAAGAGUCGCAACUCAUACCUUUUGGUCGUCAUCGACGGCGACAGUUUGAUUUUUCGCGAACGCUGGAUGCAGCAGGGCGUCGAGGGCGGCAAGCGCGCCGCCCUGGCUCUCCAGUCGGCCAUUGCAGAGCACUGCGACAACCGCUCGGGUGAUGUCGACAUCGUGACAAAGGUCGUUGCCGACCUCGGUGGCCUGGCCAGGGCCUUUGGUCGCGAGGGGCGCCACGACGUGCUCGCCGACCUGAGGGACUUUGCGGCCGGCUUCAGCCAGGCCCAGGCGUCGUUUGAUUUUGUCGAUGUUGGCCACGAGAAAGACGCGGCAAGUUCAAAGCUAAAAGAUCUUACGAGGUGGCACUUGCGAAAUCACAACUGUAGACACGUUUUGCUUGGCAUCUCUCACGAUGCAGAAUACGCCCCGUUCUUGGAAGAGAUGUUCGAAGACGAAAACACGCGGCAGUGCAUCGCCGUCAUCGAGGGCUCCCCCACGGCCAAGGAGCUCGUCGCCACCGGAGUCCAUAUUCUCGACAUCGGCAAGGACCUCUUUCGCACCGAGCAUUUUCCCAAUCGUCAUGCGGCACCCGCCUUGUCAGCGUGGAACCAAGGCACAGCAAGCCCGGCCACGAGCAUCGAUUCUGCCAACACGCCGGCGGCCUCGGCGACCAUGUCCUACGCCAACGCAAUCUCGAGUGGCAGCCCACCUCCGCAGCCCGGAGUCCCCGUCGCGCCUAGGCCCUUUGCAGCGGCGGUCACUCGGUCCAAGAUACAGUAUCAGCAGAUCCCGCCUCAGCAGCUGGAUUGGAACCCGGGCCCUCGCGGGUUGGACGAGCCCAUCGUCGUCAGCAUGCAGGCCCUGGAAUGCAUCAAGAAGCGUAAAGACAAGGAGAAGCUGUGCAACAAUCACUUCCUGCGCGGGCCGUGCACAAAAGGCGAUGCGUGCCACUUUUUUCACAAUUACAAGCCAAGCGCGGAUGAGAUUAACGCGAUAUCCGUCCUGGCGAGGCAGAACCCAUGCACUAACGGGCAGGAUUGCGUGCAGGACGACUGUAUAUACGGCCAUCAUGUGUGA